AUGUCAGCUGUAAACAUACGAGAUGAUCAAGAGUUCUUUAGACCGCCUCCAGGAUAUGGGCCAAGGAAAACUUUAGGUGAGAUGAAGCAGAUUCCAAGGCAAAAGAAGAAGGCACACAGGAAAGUUAGGCGAGGGAUUCGUGAUGAAAGGUGCAAAAUAGACAGAAGAGGAAUGACAAGUGCAGCAAAAUCACCAGAUAUUACACGAAUAUUUGAGAUGCUACCAGAAGAUUACGAACUAACCAGCUCUCCGCAUGCUUUCGACCUAGAGGAAUCUGAUCUAGUCGAGUCUUUGAGCAGUAAGCAACAAAGUUUCUUAGGCAAAGCAUCAUGUAGUCCUUCACCUGUGCAUUUUCAAGGUGAACACAUCAAGACAUACAGUAAGAAUAUGAAACAAACGACUGAGUUUGAAGCUAGUCCCCCAGGAGUAAACCUAAAAGGCGAGUCUAAGCUUAGAUCAGAGGAAAAUAGACAAUCAAAUCUCAGAAACCCACUAGGGGACCUAGACUUGCCGCAUAUGUAUAUACCUGGGGACCAAAAUCAGUCAACAUUUCCUAAUAAUAAACAAGAAGGUUUGGUGUAUAUACCCAAACAAAAAAAUGCAAAUCAACGAUGUGUAGAGGACUAUGAUGUAGGAUUGUUACAAAAUAAUAUAAUAUCGGCCAGAAUGAAGAUGUCGAGAAAAAGGGAGGUUGUAAUGGACAUGUUUAUGCUAAAACUGCUGAAAUCGCUGAAAGAUUUCAUGAUGAGGCAUGGCGAUGAUGAAAAAUCAGGAGAAAAUCAGGGAAGAUUGAAGCUCACUAGAAUUAUACAGAUACUCAUGCUUCAACGUCGUAAUCUUCAGACGCAAAAUGAUGAUUUAGGUCAGGGAAUACGUGAAUUAAUGAGCAAGAACAUAGAACUAAGAAACAACUCGGACAAUGUAAUCUUGGAGAACGCGGAUCUUCGCAAGCGUUUAGACCAAUUACAAAGCGAAGAUGAACGAAAGGAUAUGAGGAUUAAAGGUUUAAAGUCAAAUGAGGAAAAUCUAGUUCAACAAAUUGCAGACCAUUCUUCUCUUAACAUUGAGUUCAAAGAUAUGGAGUUUGAGUUGAAGAAGUUAGUCUAUGAGAAUGAGAAUCUAAAGGAUGUUACGAGUCAAUUGGACAUCAUACUUAAAAGUAAAAUAGAGGAAAAUGCAAGACAUGAAAGCGAAAUCAGCAAACUUACACAAGAAUUGAAUAUAACUCGCUCAGAAAUAACUCACCUUAAUUUGCGUUAUGAUCGCUUACUAUCCGAAAAUCACUCCCUAUGUCAGAGCACAGCCAGCGCUCAGAACGGAUUAACAAAAAAUAGCCCAAUGGUGAUAGAACUGGAUCGACUCAAAAUCCAGCUUUCUGCCUUAACGGAAAAGUAUUUGAGGCUGAAAAAUCUCUACCUUCUUGAAUCAGACACAAGAAAGCUUCUUCACAACCAGCUGCAGGAGGUGAGGGGUAAUAUAAGAGUGCUUUGUCGUGUGCGUCCCCCGACGGCAAGUGGUAUAAACGUAUUCGAGUACCAUUCCACAGAUAAGCUAAUAAUACCAGGAAGCCAAAUGCCAAGCUAUAUAGCAUAUCAGAGACAGCUCACGCCAGAGCAACCAUCAGCCCUCUUACCGAAAGACGAGUGCUUCAUAUUUAAUAGAAUUUUUAGAGAAAACUCAACUCAACUAGACAUAUUUAAUGAAGUCCGGCCACUAAUUGCAUCUGCUGUGGACGGACAUAAUGUCUGUUUUAUGGCCUAUGGACCAACAGGUACAGGCAAAACUUUCUCGAUGCAAGGGACUUCGGCUGAGCCAGGGAUAAGUCCCAGGGCCAUUGAGGAGAUGUUCGAAUUAUGUAAUCUCCUUCGUGGGGUAUGUGAUUGUGAGAUAAAGUUGUCGAUGCUAGAGAUUCACAACGAGGUUAUCUACGACCUUCUGGCCGAGUGUAUUCGCCCAAUCCGGCUGUGCGAUGAUGGAGUCGAUGUCUAUCUAUUAGAGGUAGAGGAGAAACUGACCAGUUGUGAAGCCGAGGCAUUGCAUUGGAUUGCACGUGGUCAACGCAAACGCAAAAUGUCUUCAACCAAAUUGAACUCCGAAUCGUCACGUUCACACCUUGUGGUGCGUCUGAGCAUUUCUAUUAAAUGCAAACUUACAGAUGAAGAGAGGCAUUCCUCACUUCUCUUCUGUGACUUGGCUGGUUCCGAAAGCGCCGAACGUAUUGAAGCCGUUGGAGGAAUGCAAGUGGAGACUGGAUAUAUAAAUCGGUCUCUGGCAACUCUAGGCCGCAUAUUCGAAGCCCUCCGCCAGCGAUCUAACAACAUGACUUGCGGAUCAAAAAGCAUGUCUGCAGUUAUUAACACCCACUCAGGUAACACUGCGACCUCGAAUCUUACUCCUACUAACUUACUUGCCUCAACCACGGCAAUGAGGCAGCUGACUCCACCAUACCGAGAAUCUAAAUUAACGCAUUUACUGAAGCCUUGUCUAGGUGGCCAGGCUAAGUGUGUUCUUAUUAUCACAGCAUCUGGGGAUCCUACUAAUUUAGACCGUAGCGUUAAGGCUCUCGAAUUUGGCCAGAAAGCAAUGCGAAUUGCCUUGGGUCGGCCCCCUACAAAUCGUCGAAUUCUGGCGAGCCGUGGUGUGGCCAAUAAACAUCACGAGGCAGGUUGA